CUUUGUUUUGCUGUCUACGUGGGCCUGUUGUUUUCCAAAAAACAAUUAAAUUUUGUUCGGUGAAAAAUCCACGUAAAUUCCGCGAUGAGCGCUCCCGUCGCCGUCCCGCCGGCGGAACCGGAACCCGAGUCGGACGUCCGCAAGGAUCACAUCAACAAGAUCGUGCUGUCGGACGAGGUGCAGCGAGCGAUCGAACAGGUGCUGCAGAGUUCCGACCCGCUGGACCAUCCGGAUUUCGAUCCGACCGAUUACGUGAACCAGCUGUUUCCGAACGAGCAGUCGUUGUCGAACAUUGACGACGUGAUUACGAAGAUGGAGGUGGAUAUUGGGCUGAUUGACGAUAAUAUCCGGAGUGUGGUGCGGGGACAGGUUAAUACGGGGGAGAAUGGCCGGAUGGCGCUGCGGGAGGCUCAGCAGUCGAUUACGCAGCUGUUUGGGUUGAUUACGGAUAUAAAGAGCCGGGCGGAGCAGACGGAGGACAUGGUGAAGGAGAUUACGCGGGACAUUAAGCAGCUGGACUCGGCGAAGAAUAAUUUGACUUAUGCGAUUACGACGUUGAACCAUUUGCAUAUGCUGGUUGGGGGGGUGGAGAACUUGAAGCGGUUGGCGGAACGUCGGCAGUACGGGGAAGUGUUGAACCCGCUGCAGGCGAUUAUUGAGGUUAAUCAGCACUUUCAGCAGUACUCGGAGAUUCCGCAGAUUCAGACGCUGUCGUCGCAGGUGCAGCAAAUCCAGACGGAACUGGCAACGCAGAUUACGGAGGAUUUUAGGCACUUUUUUGCGCCGAGUGCGGGUGGCGGUCAGGGUAGGAUGACAAUUACGCAGCUGAAGGAUGCGUGCCAGGUGGUUUCGGUGCUGGACAAGCCGGUCAAGCGGAACAUUUUGAAGUGGUACAUCAAUCUGCAGCUGCAGGAGUACAUUCAACUGUUUCACGAGAAUCAGGACAUUGCUUGGUUGGACAAGAUCGACAAGAGAUACGCGUGGGUUAAGCGCCACUUGUUGGAUUUUGAGGAAAAGUACGGCGCAAUUUUCCCUCAGGACUGGGAAAUUUCCGAGCGAAUUACGGUGCAAUUUUGUGCGAUUACGCGGGAGGAACUGACCAAAAUUAUGGCCCGUCGGCGAACCGAAAUGGACGUCAAGCUGCUGCUGUUUGCCAUCCAGAAGACGGCCAACUUUGAACAGCUGCUGGACAAGCGCUUCCAAGGAUCGACACUAACCGAAAUGAAGACCAGCGCCGGAGGCGGUGAAGGAUCGGAAGAUCAAAAGCAACCCACCUUCAUCGACCUCAUCGGCCAGUGUUUCAAGGCCUAUCUGGACAUCUACACGGACAGCAUCGACCGCAGCCUGGCGGAGCUGAUCGGCCAGUUCGUGCAGCAAACCCCGCAGCAGCUGCUCCCAAAGGACGGCGCGUCCGUUUUCCCCAACUGCGCCGAACUGUUUGUCUUCUACAAGAAGUGCAUGGUUCAGUGCACCCAGCUGAGCAACGAAAAGCCAAUGUACGAUCUGACGCUCAUCUUCAAGCGAUACCUCCGCGAGUACUCGAGCAAAGUGCUGGAGGCGCGCAUUCCAAAGCUGCAGUCCUCGUCGUCCGGUGGGAGUUCGACGGCGUCCUCGAUCAGCAACAGCAUGUCGCUGCUGACGAAGGACUUCCAGAACCUGUCCACGGCGGCCGGCCAGGUCAUUCACAACUUUUUGAAAGAGGGCGAAGCGCCGAGGUUCAGCAUGGACGACAUCCGCAAGAUCUGCUUCGUGCUGGCCACGGCCGAGUACUGCCUCGAAACGGUCCAGCAGUUGGAGGACAAACUGAAAGAAAAAAUCGACAAGAGCUACGCGAACCGUGUGGAUCUGUCCGACGAGAAGGACGUCUUCCACCGGAUCAUCUCAAACUGCAUCGGACUGCUCGUGCAGGACUUGGAUACGGGCUGCGAGCAAUCGCUCAACCUCAUGACCAAGAUCAGCUGGCACAACAUCAGCAACGUGGGCGACCAGAGCGGCUUCGUGAACCAGAUCGUGACAAACCUUAAGCAGUCCGUCCCCGUCAUCCGGGACAACCUGGCCACCAGCCGAAAGUACUACACCCAGUUCUGCCACAAGUUUGUCAACUCGUUCAUUCCAAAGUACAUCAACACGCUGUACCGCCUACGACCAACCACGUCCACCGUCGGUUCCUCCUCCAUGACGACCAGCGCGUCCAGCUCGAGCAUCUCCGACGGCGCCGUCACCAAUUCCGCAAACGCAUCCGCCAACCCCGGCGGAAACAUCCUCGGCUGCGAGCAACUUCUCCUCGACACGCACAGCCUCAAAACGGUCCUCAUGGAUCUGCCCUCGAUCGGGUCGCAAGUUCAGCGCAAACCGCCCGCCAGCUACACCAAAGUGGUCGUCAAGGGAAUGGCCAAGGCGGAGAUGAUCAUCAAGGUGGUGAUGCAACCGAUCUACCCGGCCACCCUGUACAUCGAGCAGUACCUCAAACUCCUGCCGGAAAGUCACGUGACCGAGUUUCACAAGAUUCUCGAGAUGAAGAGCGUCCGCAAGAUCGAGCAGCAGCAGCUGGUGGAACUGUACAAGCGGGCGUGUCCGCAGCAGCAGCAGCAGCAAGGUGCGGGCGCUGGACAACACGAUGGAGGAGGAGGAGGAGGCGAUGCGGCUCCGUUGAGUCAGUCCCAGCAGGCGGCUGCGUCGGCAGCGGCCGCCAUCAGUGGGGCCGGUUCCAGUAUUAUUGCGCUAGGGGAUUCGCUGAUGGACAAGGGAAGGAUCAAGAAGAUUGAGAGUUUGAUCAAGAAUCGGCUGCCGAAUUGAGGCAGGUUUGAAGUGAAGAGUUGGUUUUAUUUCUGAAUGCAAUGUAGGACAAAUGUUUCGUACUAUCGAUCGUGAGUGGGAAAGUAUUUAAUAAAAUAAAUAAUAAAUUAUAUUCGAGAAAUA